AUGGAAUCCCAAAAAUGCUUUACCCCUUGCGAUACAAUAGACCGUGGUUCUUAUGCGUUCAGUUCAGAUACUGAAAGCUCCUCCAACAAGAAACCACGCAAUAAUGCAGCUACCGGGGCAUCUGCUGCUGGGGUUCGUGCUCUCAGCGCGCAGUUGGUUGCAUUCUACUUCCGAGCGCCAAUAAAAGCAUUCUUUCGCACUCGAGUUGAGUAUGAAGCCCUGGCAUUAUUGCUUUCUUUUUGUCUUUAUCCAAGAAUUCAUAUUGACUUGAUGAUUUUGCCCUCAGUUACAUGGGUUGGUGCUGUGUUAUAUACAUCAUAUCUCCAGGUUCUUGGAGCCUUGUAUGAGCCAGCCUCCCGUGGGGUGAAGCGUAUCUAUCCACCUGCUAGUCCGUUAUAUACAUUUACAGCUGGAUUUGCGGCUGGAGCCAUUCAAUCGAUAGUGGCUGCGCCUUUGGAUGCUCUCCAGGUUCGUCUUCGGGCGAAUGACAUACUUGAAGGCCAGUAUCGGAGCAUGUGGCAUUACGGCCGACAUAAACUCAAACAGAUCGGCAUUCGUGGUAUCUUUGCGGGCUGGAGCCUGUCAUUCUUGCGCGACGCUUUCGGCUAUGGCGUCUUUUUCUCGUUUUUCGAGUACAUCAAAUCGCAGGCAUACUAUUCAUUUAUCACCGGAUACUAUGGACCUUUGCGCAUUCAUUAUGUGAACGAGCUGUUGUCUACUAAGUCCGGUGACCGCGAUGUUCCACUCAUCAAACCUCACUAUACUCUAGAACCGUGCUUUUUGAUGGCCGCGGGCGUUGCGGCAUCCAUAGCCCAACAAGCAAUACAGCACCCGCUAAGCAUCAUACAGAACCUUCAUAUUGCUCGACUAGAAUAUUUGGAUCAUCAGGCAAGCCUCCAUCCUUCCAGGCGGCAGAUGCUACGUCUUUAUUAUCUUGCCUAUCAGGAGACAUACAAACGAUGCAGGAAGAGGGCCACGCGAGCUGGUGGAUGGCGCCAUUGGUUGUUUCGCGGAUUUGUAAGAAAUGCCAUUCGUCAAGUGCCGAGCACUAGUGCUGGAUUGGUGAUAUUUGAUUGGUGCGUCGUAAAUAUGCCAGUUUGGCGGAUGCCGUGUAUAUUCAGGGAGAUGGAUAUGAUCUUCUCCUACCAUAGGGCCUCCUUAUUCCACAGAUAUGUCUUGGGAUGA